AUGUUGGCGUUCUCUUAUGUAGAUAAUGUACUUGAUGAUAAAUAUAAUAAUAAUAUACCAACAAUACAUUGCAUAUCUCUUUUUCUUUCUCUCUCUCUCUCUCUCUCCAUAUAUAUAUAUAUAUAUACUUUCGUUUUUGGUAGUGAGUACCGUUUGGAAAUCGUACAGCAACCAUCCCGAGCACGGAUGUGUGGUUUUGGAGACAAAGAUCGCCGGCCGAUAUCGCCCCCUCCAAUACUGCAACUACUCGUAAGAAACCGUCAAGGCAUCAUUAUAUCACCUCAAGAUGUCGAUACGUCUUUUUUCAUCGUCUUAUGCGACUGUUUCGACGAAACUGGAACCAAUCCUGCCAACAUGAUCUUUCAUUCCGUUCCCAUAGCAUCACAGCAGCAGCAGCAGCAGCAGCAGCAGCAACAGCAGACAGCAUCCACAGCAUCACCGUCAUCAUCAUCAACAACAACAACAACAUCAUCAUCCUCCGCCACUGCCAAAACAAAUGUCAAAAUGAAGAAUCUAGUCGGCUCUUGCAUAGCAUCUCCUUCAAAGCUUUACAACAUUCAGCGAGAACUUGGAAUAUUCUUUGUGUUUCAUGAUCUAAGUCUGCGAUCCGAAGGCAGGUUCCGUCUCGUUUUCUCUCUUAUUGAUAUUGGCUCGUAA